GCCGCACCGUCGACACCACCUUCUCCUCCCCUUUCUGCGCCUCCUGCUGUCCGUCCAUCUGGCUCAGGUGGUCGUCUUUUCAUCUCCCCACUGGCUCGACGUGUCGCUCUUGAGCGCGGCAUCGAUUUGUCCACACUUACUGGUACUGGCAGUGGAGUCGAUGGAUGCUUUGUGCUAGCCGAUUUGGACAAGGUUGUUGUUGGUGCACCAGGCGCUUCCAGCUACACGGAUGUUCCCCUUACUGGAAUGCGUUCGGCUUACCGUUUCCCUUCAUGGGUCUCUGCUGAGGCGUAG